GCUCAGGUUCAGAUCGCCUGAAGUUAAACAAAAAUGCUCUGGUCACUUGUUCUCCGACGCUCCGUCGGUCGUUCCCUCGGAACUCUAUCUCCGUCUUCAUCCACCAUCCGCCCUUCAUUUUCGCCUCUCCGUGCUCUCUGCACUUCCGGUCAAACAUUGACUCCUCCCCCGCCGCCGCCGCCACGUCCUCCGCCUCCGGUUUCGUCUACAGCCUCAGAAGCCGAAUUUCGUAAAUACGCCGGUUACGCAGCACUCGCUGUAUUCAGCGGAGUUGCUACCUAUUACUCGUUUCCGUUCCCUGAAAAUGCUAAGCACAAGAAGGCUCAAAUCUUCCGUUACGCUCCUUUGCCUGAAGAUCUUCACACUGUCUCCAAUUGGAGUGGCACUCAUGAGGUACAGACUAGGAACUUCAAUCAACCGGAGAAUAUUGCUGAUCUCGAAGCGCUGGUCAAGGAAUCUCAUGAGAAGAAGUUAAGGAUUCGACCCGUUGGAUCGGGUCUCUCACCAAAUGGGAUUGGCUUGUCUCGCUCCGGGAUGGUGAACUUGGCGCUCAUGGAUAAAGUUCUUGAGGUGGAUAAAGAGAAGAAGAGAGUUACGGUGCAGGCUGGGAUUAGGGUCCAGCAAUUGGUUGACGCUAUUAAAGACUAUGGUUUGACUCUUCAGAACUUUGCUUCCAUUAGAGAGCAGCAGAUUGGUGGCAUUAUUCAGGUUGGGGCACAUGGGACAGGCGCUAGAUUGCCACCUAUUGAUGAGCAGGUCAUCAGUUUGAAGCUGAUCACUCCUGCAAAGGGAACAAUUGAACUCUCAAUAGACAAAGAUCCAGAGCUCUUUCAUUUAGCUCGAUGUGGUCUUGGUGGACUUGGAGUUGUUGCUGAGGUCACCCUCCAGUGUGUUGAAAGACAUGAACUUGUGGAGCACACAUACGUCUCAAACUUGCAAGAAAUCAAGAAAAAUCACAAAAAAUUGCUCUCUGCCAAUAAGCAUGUUAAGUACCUAUAUAUUCCUUAUACCGACACAGUCGUGGUUGUAACAUGCAACCCUGUAUCAAAAUGGAGUGGGCCACCUAAGGGCAAACCAAAGUAUACUACAGAUGAGGCUGUACAGCAUGUCCGUGAUCUCUAUAGAGAGAGCAUUGUUAAAUAUAGGGUCCAGGACUCUAGUAAGAAGCUUCCUGACAGCAGUGAGCCAGACAUAAAUGAGCUUUCAUUUACCGAGCUGAGAGAUAAGUUACUUGCCCUCGAUCCUCUCAAUGAUGUUCAUGUUGCAAAAGUAAAUCAGGCCGAGGCGGAGUUUUGGAAAAAAUCAGAAGGAUAUAGAGUAGGGUGGAGUGAUGAAAUUCUGGGCUUUGACUGUGGUGGUCAACAGUGGGUAUCAGAAUCUUGUUUUCCUGCUGGAACCCUUGCCAACCCUAGCAUGAAAGACCUUGAAUACAUAGAGGAGCUGAAGAAACUAAUAGAAAAGGAAGCAAUACCAGCACCUGCUCCAAUAGAGCAGCGAUGGACUGCUCGAAGUAAGAGUCCCAUAAGUCCUGCAUUCAGCACUGGAGAGGAUGACAUUUUCUCAUGGGUUGGUAUUAUUAUGUACCUCCCAACAGCAGAUCCUCGCCAGAGGAAGGACAUCACAGAUGAGUUUUUCCACUAUAGACAUUUGACACAGAAACAAUUGUGGGAUCAGUAUUCUGCGUAUGAACAUUGGGCUAAAAUUGAGAUACCAAAGGAUAAAGAGGAACUUGAAGCCCUACAAGCAAGAUUGAGAAAACGUUUCCCAGUGGAUGCAUACAACAAAGCACGCAGGGAGCUGGACCCAAAUAGAAUCCUCUCCAACAACAUGGUGGAAAAGCUCUUCCCAGUCUCCAGCACUGCUUAAAACAUUUCCAUCAAUAGGUUAUAUCCUCUUUUUGGGAUCCUUCCUAUACAUCUUUUAUUGCAUCUAUUAAUGUUGUUAAGAAGAGGGUAAGGAAUGAGUGACGCCAAUAUAUUUGUCACAAAAACUGUACAUUUGAGUUUUACUACUCUUUUCACAGAUCCUAUGAAUAAAUGUUGUUCCUCACUUUCUCA